AUGGUUCGAAUCCAUUGGGCCGGUACCCACCGCCAUGAUGAGACGAGGGACUUGGCUCUAGAACGCAGUCCCUGCAUGGUUGGUAAUGAGGUGGGGUAUUAUGACAUCCGUACUCAAGAGCUAUCGCAUCAUAACUCGACUGAACCAUCGCGCCCGACCAAAAAGCGCAAGGUCGAGGUAGUCGUCCCUGAACGAUCUGUUGGUGAGAUUAUCAUGUGGACAAAAGCUGUUCGGGCUCGGAAGCCAGUCCAGUGUCUUCCAACCUCCACUCAUACCAUCCUGGCCCCUUCCCAUCCCCACUCCUUUGUUGUCCCUGCUCUGUCCGACUCAUCUCGCCUGUCUUCUGUUGUUGCACAAGGCAUCGCAUCAGAGCUUUGGUACCACAUUGCUGUGGCCGAAGGUAUGCGUGCCUCGCUGGCGCGUUCGAUCGCGAUGUGGCAGGGUGAGUUGGCAAGUAUUGAGGCACGUUCGGGUGGCUUGGUGGUUUCGGAUGUGGUGCUGGUGGAAGACUCGUUGGAUGCCGAGGAUUCGGACAUGUCUGUGUUGGGCGACUUUGUGCCCGAUGUGUGGAAUAGUUUCAAGGUGUCUGUCAUACAGUAA